UGCGAAGUACCUGGACACGCAAUCAGUCGAGGCAACCUUCUGGUUAAUUAGAAAAUACUUAAACAGAGGUUCAGAGACGCAAUGACGGACCUUACAGAGGAGCAAAUGUUAGAAUUUAAAGACGCCUUCAGUCUCUUUGAUCAGGUUGGCGAUGGAAAAGUUGACAAGAGCCAAGUACCAGGUUUAUUAAGGUCUGUGGGAUUGAAUCCCCUAAAACAAGACCUUGACAAAGUGAAAGAGAACCUCAAGUCGAUGAGGGAGAAGCGGGUGACCUUUGAAGAAUUCCUGCCCAUUUAUGUAACGCUCGCCAAGAAGCAAGCUGGUAGUGCCGAAGAAUUUACUGAGGCGCUAAAGAUGUUUGAUCGCGAUGGUAACGGUUAUAUCAGCUCGGCAGAGCUUCGACGAAUGUUGACUGCGCUGGGAGACAAACUGACUGAGGCUCAGGCCGAACACAUAGUCGCGAUGUUCGAGACCAAGGGGAUGAUAGACUAUGAAAAGCUCGUACAGGAAGUUUUGUCGAACUAGACUCGAACGACUUGAAUAAACUACUGUGGGAAAAAAUCUAAAGGUGUGCCGCUUGUAUGAAUAGCCUAAUGUGACUCGACAAAGCAUAUUUUCAAAAUAGUCCGAACUAGAGAUUUUUCGAUGAGACCGCUACAAACCUUUCAUUUGUUGUUUUUUUAUUUACAGGUUUGAAGCUCCUUUGAUCGCAAUUACAUCAAAAUUUUCCGAGUAAUUAUUCACUGCUCUGUGCAUCCGCAAGAAGCGUCUAUUUAGAAACAAAGGAAUUUUACGUUUGUAAACUCGAUUGCCUUUUGUCUAUUAUGUCUAUUAUGGAAAUGUGGUAGACAAUUAAGAGUUUCCACUCGCCGGAUGUAAGUGCAAUAUUUAAUCGUAGACUUUUAUUUGAAGUCUUGUCAUUUAUGUUCAGUUAAAAAACACUGUGUUAUUUCACGGUUCAAAUUAUUCAUUUCCUCUCCCUUACCUUCACUUGUUAUUCAAAACUUUGCGUUAAUCAGUUUUUACACCCUAGGGAUUAUAUCGUAAAUGUUCUAGCAAUAAACACCUUU